AUGGCAGAUAACAAGUCAAUGGGUGGUGGUGAGUCCUUGCAGUUCCAGUUGAAUGACUGGGUCACUAUAGUGCAGCUUCUGGUUUUGAUUUUCCUUUGCAUCAACUUUUUGCUCAUUGCGACCUUUUUUUCAAAGGUCUACUUCUACACAACCAUGCGUUACAUCUUAUUUGCUGUUACACUAUUGUCUGAUAGCUCGAUAUUAAUCAUGUCUAAUAACCUGCUUAUCUUGAGCUACUUUCGUUUCACCAUGCAAAUUGGCUUGUGUGUCAUUAUCUACAUUCAUUUGGUUCUUUGCACUUUUGUCACACCUGUUACUCUGACAGCAAUGACAUUGGAGCGCUAUGUGGCCAUUUGCAUGCCCCUGCGCCAUGGAGAGCUGUGCUCCACUCGCAAUAGUAUAAACUGUAUCCUCAUCAUUCACAGCCUCAGCUCUGUGCCCUGCAUUGUUGUUCUCUCCAUGUUCUUUGCAUCAGUACCACAUAGCUUGUAUACCCAAUACAGCAUAUGCUCCAUGGGCAUGUUUGUGUUUCUCCGAUGGCAGAAUAAUGUUAAAUUAGCUGUAUAUCAGUGCUACUUUUUAAUCAUGACCGUCACCAUCAUUUUCUCCUACAGUAAAAUAAUGAAAGUGGUCAAAGCUGCAACAGGAGAGGAUAAAAAGUCAACAUGGAAAGGGCUGAGAACAGUGGCUCUUCAUGGUUUUCAGCUGCUGCUCUGUCUCAUCCAGUUGUGGUGCCCAUUCAUAGAAACUGCUGUACUUCAGAUUAAUUUAAAGUUAUUUAUUGAUGUCAGGUACUUUAAUUAUAUCAUGUUUAAUCUCACUCCAAGAUGUCUGAGUCCUCUCAUUUAUGGCCUCAGGGAUGACAAGUUUCUUCUUGCGCUGAAACGCAAUGCCCCUUUUGGAUUUCCCUGUGUAAAAUGUAUGAAAAAUGUGUAG